AGAGCUCUCACUUAGACCACUCGCCCCAACUCUGCUGCCUAACUGCUGAUCAUCUUUGUAGUCAAGUUGAUGCUGAAAUGUAGGUGUAUUUUCUUUUGUAGAUACCAAGAUUUUUAAAAAAGCUUUACUCGAAGAAAAGUUGCAGGUAAACCCAAACAGGUUACCUCUAAGGAAUCAUAUCAAGUCAAGUUUUAGAGUGUUUUUAGGUACAAGUGGAGCAAUGGCCGACAAGGUGACCAUCAGCAAUCCAGCAGACAUCUCCAUCAUUGUUGGAUAUUUCAUUGUGGUGAUAAGUGUUGGCGUCUGGUCCAUGUUUCGGACCAAUCGUGGGACAGUUGGGGGAUAUUUCUUGGCCGGUCGUACCAUGACCUGGUGGCCGGUUGGUGCAUCUCUGUUUGCCAGCAACAUCGGCAGUGGUCACUUUGUUGGUUUGGCAGGCACCGGGGCAGCUGGUGGCAUCGCCGUUGGAGGGUUUGAGUGGAGUGCUCUGUUUAUCGUGCUGCUGCUCGGCUGGGUGUUUGUACCCGUCUACCUCACAGCCGGGGUGAUCACAAUGCCUCAGUACCUGAAGAAGAGGUUUGGUGGGACCAGAAUCAGCCUCUACCUGUCAGUUAUCUCACUGUUACUGUACAUUUUGACUAAGAUCUCAGUGGAUAUGUUUUCAGGAGCUGUGUUUAUCCAGCAGGCGUUAGGAUGGAACAUCUACGUGGCUGUCAUCGCCCUUCUCUUAAUAACAGCUUUGUACACUGUUACAGGUGGGCUGGCUGCGCUGAUGUACACCGACACAGUUCAGACUUUUGUCAUCAUUGCUGGGGCUUUUGUCCUCACCGGCUUCUCAUUUGCUAAAGUCGGGGGCUACAGCGCUCUGCUUAAUAAAUACAGCUCCGCCAUGCCGCUUAAUUUCACCUCCCUGGAACCCCAGCGCUACAACAUCUCCUCCCACUGCUACACCCCCAGAGCGGAUGCCUUCAACCUGCUGAGAGACCCAGCUGCAGGUGACCUGCCCUGGCCCGGGGUGCUGAUUGGGAUUCCAAUAGGGGGCAUCUGGUACUGGUGUACAGAUCAGGUGAUUGUACAGCGGUGCCUUGCAGCUCGCAGCAUCACGGACGUGAAGGCCGGCUGCAUCAUGUGCGGCUACCUCAAACUGCUGCCCAUGUUCCUCAUGGUGUUCCCCGGCAUGAUCAGCAGGAUUCUCUACCCAGAUGAGGUUGGCUGUGUGGUCCCUGAACUCUGCAAAAACAUUUGUGGGACUGAGGUGGGCUGCUCCAAUAUAGCUUAUCCUAAACUGGUGAUAUCAAUAAUGCCGGAUGGUUUGCGCGGUCUGAUGCUGGCUGUGAUGCUGGCUGCUCUCAUGUCCUCUUUGGCCUCCAUCUUUAACAGCAGCAGCACUUUGUUCACCAUGGACAUCUGGACCCGUAUCAGACCACAGGCCACUGAGCGUGAGCUCAUCGUCGUAGGCAGAGUCUGGGUUCUGUGUAUUGUAGCUGUCAGUAUCUGCUGGAUCCCCGUGGUGCAGGCGGCACAGAGCGGUCAGCUGUUUGAUUACAUCCAGUCCGUCUCCAGCUAUCUGGCUCCCCCUAUCGCUGCCGUCUUCCUCCUGGCUGUGUUUGUCAAGAGGGUCAAUGAAACGGGUGCCUUCUGGGGCCUGAUUGGUGGUCUGCUGAUGGGUUUGUGUCGGAUGUUACUCGAGUUCUGGUUUGGUACCGGCAGCUGUAUUUUCCCCUCCAGCUGCCCUUACCUGGUGUGUGGGAUCCAUUACCUCCACUUUGCCAUUAUCCUCUUCUUCUGCACAUCAGCGCUCGUGUUGCUGGUCAGCUGCUGCAGCGAGCCCAUAGAUGACCAGCAUCUUCAUCGUCUGGUGUUCAGCCUUCGUCAUUCCAAAGAGGAGAGAAAAGAUCUGGACUGGGAGCAAGAGGAAAAAGGGAGGAGGGCCAGGAGAGAGGCCAGCAGGAGGAUGAGGGAGAAUAAAAGCGAUGCAGUGGCUGAAGAGGAAGAGCAGUCUGGGAUCUGCCACCUUAUCAAACGGUUUUUUGGCCAGGGUGGCAGCUCCUCUGCGACCAAUGAGGAAGAGGAACCUGAGGGACCGGUGCAGAUGCCCGACAUUAGUGAGGACCCAGUGUGGAAGAACGCCGUGGACGCCAACGCUCUCAUCAUGAUGGCUGUAGCAGUUUUCAUGUGGGGAUACUAUGCAUGACAGAGUCCUUAUGUUGCUUAAUGAAGGUGGAUUUUUAAAUGUCAAGAAAUAAAUACAGUGUUGCCAUCUGUUGGCAAACACUGGUCACUGCACUUAAGCUAUUUUCUUCAUUUUAAAGUAGUUCAAAGUACGCACACAUGCAAAUAUACAACCAUGCUGCAUUCUGACACAGCAUGGUCCUUCUCUACUUUUGUCCAGUUUUAAAAAGCAUAAGUAAUGCAGUCUGAAAAAUGCUUUAUCAGGUUAAAAUGCCAUUACUGUAUACGGUUACAUCGUGAUUCAAUCACAGGUCGAUCUCGAAAGGUGUGAAGAUUGAAUUCUAACAGAAGUUAACUCAAUAAAGCCUAAAGAUUUUUCUAACCUCCUUUAAAACUGUCUCAAAAACAAAAAAAGAAAAUCAGUGAAAAGUUUGGAGUUGCUUUAUACCACCCAUCAACAUGUGUGCUCAUACUGUGCCCAUCUUCACUCCCGUUUUUCCAUUAAAAGCAGUUUCAAGGGAGGGAAAAAGGUUGUUUGUAUUGUGUCCAAUAAUCGAGUCGGCUCUAAUAUUACUCCAUAAAUAUGCAGGGACUUAGUGACAGUGACACAGAUUACAAGUCAAUCGUAACUUGGCUGUUGAGACACCACACAAACCAGGUAGUGAUUCAGAUUUCCAGUUUUAAUCAUCACUUCUGUUUUUAUUUAAGCAGAUAUUUCCCAUGAGCAUUGUACACAUCUGGAACCCACAGGUCUCCCAUAACUAUCCAACCACCUUCCCAUCUCCAUGCAGUUUCAGCAUCAUUCAUCACAUCAGUUCUUUAAUAUCCAGUCUGUCAGCUUGCGGGGAGGGGGGGGAGGGUCUGGGAGUGUAAAAGCAAGAGAGAGAAAGGCGGUGGGAGAGAAGGAGGUGGCUUUUUGUUUUCCCCUCCCUAAGAAUGGAGAGUCAGAGCAGUCACCAGGCACUGUUCAUCUUACACUCCCACUCUAAGAGUUUUGGGUGGAUCCAGAAGAGCUGAAUGAAGUCUGUCGAGCAUCUGAAAUCUAGCCACUUACAGGGUCCUGUGCAACUCCCAAUACUCUUGAUCAUCUGUGAGGUAUCUGAUGCCUCAGUCUCCUGCAGGGUGGGUAAGAGGUAGGGGGGCUUUUAAGGCUGGAAGCUGGUGUAGAGAGUUUCUGCGGCGUGUGGUAGUUGGUUUAACCCACUUCAAAGCAUGAAUGACAGCUUUGGCAAACACUGCCCUCUGCCAGAUCGGAGGACGGAGAGGGGUGGAGGAAAGGAAGAGAGCUAGGGGUUAAAACAAACAUGGAAUACUUUAAAAAAAAAAAAAAUCUUUGCAGGUUUAGUAGGGUGACAGACUGGUACAGGGAGAACUCAGUCCUCGAAAUAAAAGCAAAUACAACAGCAAACAAUCUGACACACACCCCAAAAAACAGCCAAAGGGGGG